UCACAAUGAACAUUGUUCUCUUCAGGGACAGCCAGGUGAGGGUGAUGGAGACCACAGUGACCCAUGCCGAGAAGUACUUUGGCCAGUUCUGCUCGCUGCUGGCUGCCUACACUCGCAAGACAGCCCGGCUGCGGGACAAGGCUGACCAGCUGGUCAAGCAGCUCAUCGACUUUGCCAACACUGAGAACCCCGAGAUGCGGGCCGCCAUGAGGAACUUCGCCGAGGACCUGGCCAAAGUACAGGAUUACCGGCAGGCCCAGGUUGAGAGGCUGGAGACCAAGGUCAUCAACCCUCUGAAACUCUAUGGGACGCAGAUAAAGCAGACACGGGCCGAGAUCAAGAAAUUCAAACAUGUCCGGAAUAACGAGAUCAAACAACUGGAAAAGCUGGAGAAACUGAGGCAGAAGUCGCCUUUGGAUAGGCAAAUGAUUUCCCAGGCAGAGACUAGCGUGCAGAGGGCCUCGGUGGACGCCAGCCACACCACCCAGCAGCUAGAGGAGACAGUCGAUGCUUUCCAGAAGCAGAAGCUAAAGGACCUACAGAAAAUUUUUUUAGACUUUGUAACCAUCGAGAUGGUCUUCCAUGCCAAAGCAGUGGAGGUGUAUUCUAGUGCCUUCCAGACCCUGGAGAACUAUGACCUGGAAAGAGACCUGGAGGAUUUUAGAGCCAAGAUGCGCGGAGUUUACGGGCAUUAUGAGGCUCGGCCCCUCACCGAUACCACCCCUUCCACGGCUCUCCCAUGGUCUCUCCCCUACCAGAGUGCUCAGAGCACCAUACGGAGCCAGAGGAAAGAAGAGGAGGCGAGUGAGGACGAUUCUGCUGAGGAGGACCCUGUGGAGGACCUCAGGGGACAGGGCAGGGACUCCAGCAAUAGGAUGAGAACUCUCCAGUCAGAAAAAUAA